AUGUAUUUUGUCCCGAGGCCUUUGCCUCCGUUUGAGGUGGAAGAAAAUGCGUCAGAGUUGCACGCGGAGGAGGAGGCGGAGACGAGGGAGCUUGAGGCGGAGCCCAUAGCGUUCCCGGCCCCAUCCGUACAACAGGGCGGCACAGUGCCAGAUGUGCCCUCGAUGCCUCCGAAGAGCAUCCUGGACGAUGGACGAGUGACCCAUGUGGCGGCGGUUAUUGGUGUGGCGUGCUGGUCACUUGCAGGAACAGCGUUGCGGCUAAAGAUAGGGCGGUGCCUGCCACGUCACGGCUUCCUAACGACGUACACCACCUUCGGCGCAAAUUGUAUUGGCUGCUUUCUGAUGGGUUUCAUUGAGGCAACGGCAAGCAUCCAGACGCAAAGUAAAACCUUUCCAUGGAUCUUUCGCAGCCUCCUGACUGGCUUUUGCGGCUCCUUGACAACCUUCUCUAGCUGGAUGCUGGACACGGUGGGGCGUGAUACCGCCGCCCUCGACUUUGGUGAGCUCCUCUCCGGCCUGACAAUCCCCUUUGUCUUCCUUCUUUGGGGCCAUGACACUGUCUCUAUGCUGCGAGCAGUUACGGGGUUGACGCGGAGGCGUAGAGUCAGUCUGAGUACCAGCAACAGCCUUGUCGAGCACAGCAGGAGGCAACUGCACCUCGCCAACAUUGUUUUUCUUGUCCUCUCAGUUGUGAUGGCGGUGGGGAUUCCCAUCGCGGUUGAGGUGGCUGUGCGUCGUGGCCUGUUGGACGUGAGCCUCAUCGACCGUCGCUCCGUUAUCAUCGCCCCGCUCGGCGCCGUACCACGUUACGCGCUGGGCCACCUGCUGAACGGAACGGGUCGCUUUUGGCGGUUGCCGGUCGGCACGUUUACCGCUAACUUCAUCGCGGUGUUGCUGAUGGGGAUUACAGACUACCACUUCCGACAUGAAGGCAACGUUUGGUGCAAAAUUGUGAUGAAUGGGCUCUGCGGGUCGCUCUCGACUGUAUCCUCAUUUAUCAACGAGAUCGUCGCAAUGUAUAGUCUUGGCCAUCGUCGGUCGGCGUACAUUUAUGCGGCAGCAUCGGUGGCGGUGAGCGCCGUCAUCAUGUCUGUGUGCCGCCACGCCUUAUCCUGA